AUGUCUGGUCCGCGCAGGCUAGCCGUGACUGUCGCCGGCCUCACUUCACGGCAGCCAUCGUCGACGCUGCUCACGACAUGCCUCUACUGUCGAUGGCCUCGCAGCUUCGCGUCCUCCGCCGCGCGCGGCCGCAGCGAGCCACCCGCCUCUGGCACGUCCAUGGACCCCCAAAGCCACAUCUCCGGAGCACCAAUCGACGCUCCCCGAAGCUACGGCAAGCGCGUGGAAGAAGGGUUCGUGCCCAAGCCGCUGCCUCGCCCGAUCGGCAUGCCCUUGCCCCCGAGAGCAGGCGAGAAUACCGGCGCUGACACCCGCUCGCUGCGCCAGCGCAAGCACGACUUUGGGGACUACGAAAAGCACGUUGCCAGAAGAAAGGAAUUGACGGCCAAGCUGUCGAGACCGUAUUUUCGCGACUGGGGCAAUCUGCAGUUCCACGAGGGCAAGUCUUUCAUCGCGCCGCCGAGGCUCUUCAAAGCCGAGCUGUCACUCUUCUUCCCGAACCUGCGCGGCGACACUCUUGUCAAGACGGACAAGGAGCCCCGGGACACCACGCCCCUCCUGACCGGUAAAGCCUCCGUCGUUUCCAUCUUCAGCAGCCAAUGGGCCGAGAAGCAAGUCGCCACGUUCGUGUCCGCCGAGUCGAAUCCUGCUUUGACCGCGGUCCUUGCCGAAAACGGAGACGCUGCGCAAAUGGUCAGCAUCAACUACGAAGAUAACAAAGGCAAAGCUUUACUGGUCAAGCUGUUUCGCGCAUCGUUGCGGAAGAGGUUUGAUGAAAAGGACUGGGAAAAGUACUUUAUCGUCCAAAGGGGCAUCACUGAUGAUAUACGAGAGUCGAUCGGUCUGCUAAACAGCAAAGUCGGUUACAUCUACCUCGUCGACCACCACUGCCGGAUCCGCUGGGCGGGCAGUGGGCCUAGUCAACCCGAGGAAAACGCCAGUCUUGCCAAAGGUCUGGCUCGACUUGUCAAGGAAAUCGAUACGGAUGCUGCUCGGCCAGCCUCGGCGCGAGAGCAGUUGCCUGGAAAGCGCACUGUCGACAUACCAAGCCUCUAA